AGUAGUUGGUCUGUAUUCAGUCCACAGCCGAUAAAUACCGCUCAUAAAUACAAGUUCAGUUCACCUCAUUUACGCUCUCUCUAAACCUAAAAAUUUUCUGAUCUCUUCCAUGCAAACCCUAUACAAAAUUGGGUACAUAUUUAGAAGAAGCAACUAAUAUAUCUCUUGCUUAUUGCUCUGUUUAUGUAUAUCUAUAUGAAUCAGAUGGGAGAUUUGUUUGAACACGGAUAUUUUGGAGCAAAAAUGGUGUUAGUAUCUUCAGGGAUAAUAGCUACUGUAUUUUUGUUCAAAGUGGCUGUAAUUCCGUUUGUAUUUGAUCUCAUUUUCUCAGCUCUUCCCAGCCUUUGGAUCUUCAUUCGCAGCUUGUUAUCUCCUCCUUAUAUUUACAUAAUCCUCAACUUCAUCAUCUUCGUCAUUGCUGCCCUCCACCGCCACAACGGCGGCAACACAACAAAAGCAUCCGCUAUGGCGGCGGCUCAUGAUUAUCUACUUGAAGAAGAUGAUGAAAAACAAGUAAAACACUCUCACCAGUCUAUGGACUCGACCUCUCCUCAUGACUAUGGCGGCUUAACUCAAAACCGCCGUUUACAUGAUGACUGUGAAGAUGAUGAUGAGAGCUUGCAACGAACGGAGGACUCAUUUGAGGAGACGUGGAAGGCUAUUAUGGAAGGCCAAGGAAAGGCGGCGGAGAGGAAGCUAAAGAAGAGUGAGACAUGGGACAGACCGCCGCGGGUUGUGGUGGUACAAGACGACGGUGGUGAUGGGAAUGAUCCGGUAGCUUGGGCACGACGGGAGUUGAGAAAAUCGGAUACAUUUAGCGACAGAGUGUCGUUAAUAAGGGAGAAGUCGAUGAGUCAAGAUGAGUUGAACCGGCGAGCGGAGGAGUUUAUUAAGAAGUUCAAUCAUGAGAUGAGGCUGCAGCGACAUGAUAGUGGCGUUUAGUGGCUCUUUUUCAUUCUUUUUUCUUUUUAAAUUAACAAGUGGAGCUUAAACUUGCAAUUAUUAGUCAAGUCUUUUGUUUUUAAACAAGCUCUAAUUAAACCAUUGUAUUUAGAAGGGUUAAUGAUCCAAGCUUAAUUUACUUUU